CCAUGUUGCACUGCUCGGCUGUCACGUGAGCGCAACAGUGAAACAUGGCACCUGUCUAGCACUGCAGGAAUCGCCUUUUGACAGAAAAGCAUCACAGAAAACAUCGCGUUUUACUGUUUAGUGUCCUCGACUGUUCGAUGCAGAAAAUCAAGUCUCUGAUGGCCCGUCAGGGUCUGAAAAGUCCUCAGGAAAGUGUGGUUGACAUGAGCCCUGUGGAGAGCUUCAGGACUCCCAGCAAGGAGGAGCUGAGGGAGCUGAGAGAGCAGCCCACCGAUCCACAGGCAGAACAAGAAAUCAUUGACAGCAUAGAGGAAGUCUACUACUCCAGCGACUCGUUUGACAUGGUUCAAUAUGAACUUGAGAAACUCCCUCCGGAUCUGAACCUUCUGGAGCUGGAGGAGUACAGAGAUAAGCUGAAGCGACAGCAAGCAGCCGUGUCUAAACGAGUGGCGGACCUCAUUCUGGAGAAACAGCCCUCCUAUGUGAAGGAACUUGAGCGAGUGACGUCACUGCAAACCAAUCUGCAGCUGGCUGCGGUCAUCUGCACUAAUGCACGAAGACAGCUUCGCUCUGCUAAAGAAGGUUUCACUGAAGCCAGUCUUGGGCUGUUAGCCAAUCAGAGACGUCGACAGCUGCUGACAGGACUGUUGAAGUCUUUGAGGACCAUAAAGACUCUGCAAAGAACUGAUGUUCGACUGAGCGAAAUGCUGGAGGAGGAGGACUAUCCUGGCGCCAUCCAGCUGUGUUUAGAAUGCCAGAAAGCUGCCAGCACUUUCAAACACUACAACUGUAUAAGUGAACUGAACUCCAAACUACAGGACACUCUGGAGCAAAUCGAGGAGCAGCUGGAUGUGGCUCUGUCCAAAACCUGCAAGCACUUCGAUGUUUCUCACUACACCAAAGUUCAGCUGGCGUAUAAACUCCUGGGCAAGACGCAGACGGCGAUGGAUCAGCUGCACAUGCACUUCACCCAGGCCAUCCACAACACCGUCUUCCAGGUGGUGCUGGGAUACGUGGAACUCUGCGCCGGCAAUGCAGACACCAAGUUCCAGAAGAUGCAGUACAAAGACCUUUGCACGCACAUCACCACAGACAGCUACAUCCCCUGCCUGACCGACCUCUGCAAGGCCUUGUGGGAGGUGAUGCUCAGUUACUAUCUGACCAUGCAGUGGCACGAUGAGCACUACAAAGAAGAAGAGGCUAGUCCUGCAGCAGAAGACUCCGUCGCCGAAGGCUCAGACGAAUCCACCGUGGGCCGCAGCUACGUGAAGAAGAAGCUUGAACAUGGCUUAACGCGGAUCUGGCAGGACGUCCAAUUGAAAGUGAAAGCCUAUUUGCUGGGAACUGACAUGUCCAACUUCAAGUACGACGACUUCAUUGUGGUUCUGGAUGUUAUCAGCAGGUUGAUGCAGGUGGGAGAGGAAUUCUGCGGCAGUAAGUCUGAGUUGUUGCAGGAGUCCAUUAAGAGACAGAGCGUGAACUACUUUAAGAACUAUCACAGAACUCGCCUGGAGGAGCUGCGAAUGUUUCUUGAAAAUGAAACGUGGGAAUUGUGCCCUGUGAAGUCCAACUUCAGUAUCGCCCAGCUCCACGAGUUUAAGUUCAUGGGUCAGUGUCGUUCUCCUUCAGUGUCUCCCAGCAGGCAGCCAGAAUCCACAGAUCUGCUGGAGCUUUCUCUGUUCGAGCAGUACCUGGAGGGUGGAAACCCCUUCGAGAUGCAGAUAGACAACAAAGAAGAGGAGACUGAGGACGUCCUGGCUUCUAAUGGGGUAUAUAGUAGUUUGAAUGAUG